UUAGACAGAAAAAAAGGAGAAUUCUCGAAAAAUGCCCUAAUUAUGACUCGGUUCUAUUCGUCUUCUUUCGGGUCUUUUCGGCUCUGCUCCGCCCCAUGAUUCCAUGCCGGGUUUUCUAUCAGAAGCAGCAGCAAAAGAAGUGACUCCUCAUCAGGAGAAAGCUGCUCAGCUCUGAAACAAGUGGAGGAAAAGUGAGGAGGUAAAAGGAAGUUUGUUCCAGCGGCGGAGAGUGGAGGUCCGAGAAGGUCUGUCUUCAGGCCCGAAGAUGACAAAGAUGAUGAUGACGAUGCAAGCCUCUCUGCUGCUGCUCUCUGUCCUGGCAACUGGUGCUCUGGCUCAGGAACCCGACCACAGCCAUGGCUGCGCUCAUGGCAGCUGCUACCCAGCCACAGGAGACCUGCUGGUCGGACGAGAAAAGAACCUAAAGGCCUCCUCCACAUGUGGGAUGAGGAGAAAAGAGCCGUACUGCAUCGUCAGUCAUCUUCAGGAUGAAAAAAAGUGUUUUGAGUGCGACUCGAGACGGCCAUAUGACCCUGUCUACAACACCAUCAAUCACCGCAUAGAGAAUGUCAUCACCACCUUCAAACCUCACCGCAAAAAGUCCUGGUGGCAGUCAGAGAACGGACUGUCCAAUGUCUUCAUCCAUCUUGAUUUGGAAGCAGAAUUCCAUUUCACUCAUUUGAUCAUGACAUUCAAGACUUUCCGUCCUGCAGCCAUGCUCAUCGAGCGAUCGGCAGAUUUCGGUCGAACCUGGCAGAUCUACCGCUACUUUGCCCACGACUGUGCUUCCGCUUUCCCAGGAGUCUCCCAGGGUCCUUUGCGCAACAUCAACGAUGUCAUUUGCGAGACUCGAUAUUCCGAUAUUGAGCCAUCGACUGAGGGAGAGGUCAUCUACAGAGUGCUGGAACCAUCAAUAAGAAUCAAAGAUCCAUACAGCCCCAGCAUCCAGAACCAGCUGAAGAUCACCAACCUCAGAGUGAACUUCACCAAACUUCACACUCUGGGAGACAAUCUUUUAGACCCCCGAGCAGAAAUCAAGGAGAAGUAUUAUUAUGCCAUGUAUGAGCUCGUGGUGCGAGGCAACUGCUUCUGCUAUGGCCACGCCUCUGAGUGCGCUCCCAUCGAUGGAAUUAAAGAUGACAGAGAAGGAAUGGUUCACGGCAGAUGUGUGUGUAACCACAACACCAAAGGCUUGAACUGUGAGCACUGUGACGACUUCCACAAUGACCUGCCCUGGAGGCCAGCAGAGGGACGCAACACCAACGCCUGCAAGAAGUGCAUCUGUAACGGUCACUCCAACUCCUGCCACUUCGACAUGGCCGUCUUUUUGUCCACUGGGAACAUCAGUGGAGGAGUGUGUGACGAUUGUCAACACAACACCAUGGGCCGCAACUGCGAGACCUGCAAACCUUUCUACUACAAGGACCCCACCAGAGACAUCAGAGACCCUCGGGUCUGCGUAGCUUGCGACUGCGAUCCCGAUGGUUCUGAGAACGGUGGGAUGUGCGACAGCCACACAGAGCCUUCCCUCGGCAUGGUAGGUGGUCAGUGUCGCUGUAAAGCCAACGUCGAGGGGCCGAGAUGUGACAGGUGUAAAAGUGGAUUCUUUGGCCUUAGCGCCGAGAAUCUACAGGGCUGUCAACCCUGCUGGUGUGAUAACAGAGGAACAGUGUCUGGAAGCUCCCAGUGUGACCCAGUCAGUGGAGACUGUUUCUGCAAACGUUUGGUCACUGGUCGCAGCUGUGACAAGUGUUUGCCAGAACACUGGGCUUUGAGCCACGACCUGAACGGAUGCAGAGGCUGUGAGUGUGACAUCGGCGGAGCACUGGACAACCACUGCUCCAUAGAGAAUGGUCAGUGUAAUUGCCGCAGUCACAUGACAGGACGUCAGUGUACACAAGUGGAGUCUGGCUACUUCUUCAUGGCUCUGGAUCAUUUUCUCUAUGAGGCAGAGUCGGCCAAAAUGGGACAGGGCUGUGUCCUGGAAACCAGGGAGCACCAGCCCAGUCGUCCUGCCACUUGGACUGGCAUGGGUUUUGCUCGAGUCCCUGUAGGUGGCACCCUGGAAUUCCAUAUCAGUGACCUUCCCUACUCUAUGGAAUAUGAUCUGCUAAUUCGUUAUGAAGCACAGAUGCCCCGCGACUGGGAAGAAGUGAGAAUUACUGUGAUCCGUCCAGGACCAAUUCCCACCAGCAGUCCCUGUGGAAACACCAUCCCAGAUGAUGACAGGAUCUCUGUUUCCUUGCUGGCUGGAGCCAGGUUUGUGACUCCCUCUCAGCCUGUGUGUCUGGAGCAAGGUGUGACCUACACCCUCCGAUUCGAGUUCAGGCGCUAUCAGGACGGCAACUAUAUUCUCAACGGAGCUGCAGACGCUUUUGUACUUGUAGACUCGAUUGCCUUUAUGCCUCGUCAUUCCUCCAUGGAGAUGUUCAACGGUGGAGAUCCAGCCUCAAAUAUUAGGAAGCAAACCUAUGAUCGCUACCGCUGCCACGAGGGGUCCAAGAGUGUGACCAGACCUCUGAUGAGUGACACCUGCGCCAAACUGAUCAGCAGCAUGUCAGCCAUCAUCAAUAAUGGAGCUUUGGCCUGUAACUGUGACCCUCAGGGCUCCAUGAGUUCUGUGUGUGAUGUCCGUGGAGGCCAAUGUCGCUGCAGGCCCAAUGUGAUUGGACGACGCUGUGACCAGUGUGCACCAGGAACCUACGGAUUUGGUCCAUCAGGCUGCAUUGUCUGCAGCUGCAGCCUGGAAGGCUCCGUGACUCGACUCUGCGAUAAGUUCACUGGUCAGUGCCAGUGUCGGCCCGGAGCUUUUGGUCAGCGGUGUGACGGCUGUCAGGCCGGUCACUGGGGUUUCCCAAGCUGUCGGCCAUGUCAGUGUAACGGACAUGCAGACCAUUGUGACCAGAGAACAGGAGUCUGUGUCAACUGCAGGGACAACACUGGAGGAGACAAAUGUGACAGGUGUGCUAGUGGUUACUACGGAAACCCUGUUCUGGGCAGUGGUCACUGUCGUCCAUGUCCCUGUCCAGAUGGACCCAACAGUGGCCGCCACUUCGCUGCAUCUUGUUACCAGGACAACCGUAAUAGACAAAUCAUCUGCAACUGCAACCAAGGGUACACAGGUGCCAGGUGUGACGAGUGUGCCCCAGGUUACUACGGGAACCCCUCACAACCCGGUGGUCGUUGCCAGCCGUGUCAGUGCAACAACAACAUCGACAUGUCAGACAUGGGCGCGUGCGACCGUCAGACUGGCGAGUGCAGGAAAUGUCUCUACAACACCGAGGGCCCCAGCUGUGGUAUCUGUAAGAGCGGCUACUUCGGAGACGCCUCCAGACGAAACUGCAGGAAGUGCACCUGUAACUUCCUGGGAACUGAACGGAGUCAGUGCACAGAUCGUUCGGACUGUGUUUGCCAACGGGCCACGGGACAGUGCCAGUGUCUGCCAAAUGUCGUGGGUCUGACCUGCGACCACUGUGCCCCCAACCACUGGAACCUGGCCAGUGGGAAGGGCUGUGAAUCUUGUGGCUGUGACCCCCACAACUCUGUCACCUCCUCGUGUAAUGAGUUUACCGGUCAGUGCCAGUGUCGUGAUGGAUUUGGAGGAAAGACCUGCACGGACUGUCAGGAAAACUUCUGGGGAGACCCCAGGACACAGUGUAGAGCUUGUGACUGCGAUUGGCGUGGCAUCGAGACUUCUCAGUGCAACCGCAUGACUGGCCACUGUGUUUGCCAGCAGGGGGUGUCAGGUGUGCGCUGUGAUCAGUGUGCAAGAGGUUUCUCUGGCCAGUUCCCCAACUGUCAGCCCUGUCACAAGUGCUUUGGAGACUGGGAUCGCAUUGUGCAGGACCUCGCAGUGCGAACAAGAUCUCUUGCCGAUCGCGCCCAUGAGAUCCAGACUACUGGGCUGACUGGAGCCUAUGAGAAGGCCUUCAGAGACCUGGAGGAGAAACUGGCAAAGGCUCAGGGAAUUGUCAACGCACGCAAUGCUACUGUCGCAGCUGUGACUAUUCUGAUGGAGCUCAUUGAAGAUCUUAGAGCACAGAUCGGUGAGACAACUGACACACUGAACCGUCUGGAAGGAGACUUGACCAUUGUUCAGGACACCAAUUCUGAGGCAAGCAAGGAGUUGAGUUCUUUGGAGAGGGAGGCCAGAGAACUGAACCUCACAUCAGAGCAGCUGCAUCAUCAACUGGACAUCCUGAAGAACUCGAACUUCUUAGGUGCGUACGACAGCAUCCGUAGCUCCUACAACAAGUCUAGGGAUGCGGAGCGGCGUGCCAACGAAUCGACCAUCACUAGGCCCAGCACAGUCAGUCAGUCUGCAGACACCAGGCGUCGCACCGAACGACUUAUCUCCUCCAAGAAGGACGACUUCAACCGUAAGAAUGCAGCCAACAAGAGAUCGCUGGUAGAACUGAACACAAGAGUGCAGGGCCUGGACAUGAAGAAGAUCAACGAGAAGGUGUGUGGUGCCCCGGGCGACGCACCCUGUGGGGAGAGUCCGUGUGGAGGUGCAGGUUGUCGUGAUGACGAGGGAAAUCGUCACUGUGGGGGCCUGAACUGUAAUGGUGCUGUGGCAUUAGCCGACAAUGCACUAGAGAGAGCCAAGCACGCUGAGAAGGAGCUGAACAAAGCAGUGGGAGAGGUGCAAGGACUCUUCAUUAAGGUAGCAGAGGCCAAGACCAAGGCAGAGGAGGCUAAGGGUAAAGCCCAGGCAGCUCUGGACAAAGCCACAGCCACCAAAAACAAAGUGGAGCGCUCCAACAAUGACCUGAGAGACCUCAUCAAACAGAUCAAAGAUUUUCUCACUCAGGAGGGAGCGGAUCCAGAUAGCAUCGAGGCUGUGGCAAACCAAGUUUUGGAGCUCUCCAUCCCAGCUUCGCCUCUCCAGAUCAGACACCUGGCAGAUGAAAUCAAGGAUCGUGUUCGCAGCCUCUCCAAUGUUGAUGCCAUUCUGGCACAGACUCAGGACGACGUCCGCAAGGCCGAGCAACUGCUGCUGGAUGCCAAGAGGGCAAGGCAUCAUGCUGAGGGAGUAAAGACGGCAGCAGAGACGGUGAAACAGGCCUUGGUUGAUGCAAAAACAGCACAGACGACGGCUGAGAAAGCCAUUGCCAAAGCCAAAGCUGAUAUUGACAUGACUGAGACCAGGCUGGCUCAGAUCGAGUCAGAGACGUCCCACAGUGAGCAGGACCUGAAUGAUGCAGUGGAGCGUCUGGGCAGCCUGGGACUGGAGAUCAAUGCCCUAAAGACCAAACGCGCCAACAACAGCAUGGCAGCAGCCCGAGCUGAAGAGACAGCCACCAUGGCACGUGACAAGGCCAACGAAGCCAAGCAGAUUCUCGAUGGCCAGCUGACGGACAAAUACAAUGAGGUGCAGCAACGAGUCGACACAAAGGCCAAGGUGGUGCAAGACGCCAAGAAAAGGGCUGAGAGCCUUAGAGAUGAAGCAAAGGAACUCCUGAAGGAUGCCCAAAACAAGCUGCAGAAACUAGCAGAGCUAGAAAAGAACUACGAGGAGAACCAGAGGAGGUUGGAGGGGAAGGCGCGUCAGCUGGAUGGUUUAGAGGACAAGAUGAGAGGCAUCCUCAACGACAUCAACAAACAGAUCCAGAUCUACAACACGUGCCAGUAACUCACAGCUCACCGAGAUGACGACACAGGGUCCAUCAUUGUUUUAAUUAGUUCUUCAGAUGGAGGAAACUUCCAAAACACUUGAUAAUAGAAAAAUGUUGUGAAUAAAAUAUGACACUGAAAAACGAGAGGAAGGGGAAUAAGAAGGUUGUUCCUAUCUUAAGUUUCUUCUUGUAUUUAGAAGAGAAAUGACUCAAAGAUAAGAUAUAUAAAUAUCUUACAGUAUCUCACAUAUUCAACUUUAAAUGUGUCACACUUUUAUUUGUUCAAUCAUGUAA